AUGGGGGUUGUAAAAUUUGACGACACCACUAGUAUAGAGAACUCGUUGCCAAACCAUAGUGAUCAAGGGGUAAAUGCAAUUGGGGAAACUGGUAUGAGAAGGAUUAAAGAGGACGUGGCCGAGGUAAAAAUGCCGAUGAAAGUAAUCUGGGAAGAAAUGAUGAAGGAAGAGAUAAUAAUCUCUGAAGAAGGAAAUAAAGGAGCGAGGGUCUACUGCGAGUUCCAUGCAGAAGAGGGACACGAGAUCCAGGAAUGUGACAAGUUUAAGGCUUUGGUACAAAGCCUUAUGGAUAAUAAGGAGCUGGAAUUUUAUGAAGCUGGCUUGGAUGAGGGACACGUAUGUGCAUUGAAAGGUGAACCAAAGAAUCAAAGAAUCAACAGGCCAAGGAUCAUUAUUUCUCUAUCAAGGAAUAAUGAAGUUGAGAGACAAACAGUACCGAAGAAUUAUGACUGCAAUGUGACAAUAAGAGAAGAUAUAGCUAGUACUUCUAAGGAGGCUCAAGUUGAAGGUUCUUACACACGUAGUGGGAAGCGUUAUGAUGCAAAACGAGUUAGAGUUGAGCCCAUGAAAAUAAAAGCCUUUAACAUCGAGAAGGAGAAAGGGGUUGAGGUAGUUGUUAAUGAGCUAGUGAAGGAAGAAGAGGCUAGAGAGUUUCUAAAAUUCCUGAAACACAGUGAGUACAGCGUGGUUGAACAAUUGCGUAAGCAACUAGCUCGCAUAUCAGUGUUAGCUUUGCUUCUGAGUUUAGAGGUACAUCUUGAGACAUUAUUGAAGGUGCUCAACGAGACUUACGUUACUAAUGAUAUAUCUGUCAACAAGUUGGAUCGAUUGGUUAGUAAUAUAAGCGCCGAAAACUUCAUUUAUUUCAAUGAUGAUGAAAUCCCACCUGGAGGCAUGGGAUCAGCUAAAGCUUUGCACAUCACCACUCGCUGCAAAGGAUAUACAUUACUGAGUGUGCUUAUUGAUAACGGGUCAGCCUUAAAUGUCCUGCCAUUGUCCACAUUGAACAGAUUGCCCAUAGACAGUUCUCACAUGAAAACAUGCCAUAAUGUAGUGAGAGCAUUCGAUGGCAUGGAGAGAAAUGUCAUGGGAAGAAUUGAUAUCCCUUUGAUGAUCGGGCCAAACAUGUAUGAGGUAGACUUUCUAGUGAUAAACAUCAAGCCCUCUUAUAAUUGCUUAUUGGGAAGGCCUUGGAUACAUUCGGCAGGAGCGGUGCCCUCAUCUUUGCACUAG